AUGGAAGCCCAGACCCCGGGAAAGCGGCUGGGAACCCGCGUUCACGCCAAGCGGUGCUUUCAGUGCCUUAAAGAACGCCGGCAGCCACCACGGGUUGCAGAUGAGCCGCCUCCUCAAACCUCUUUUAAAGCCCGCCCCCCCCCGCCCUCGGGGCUCAGUCGCCCGCGCUCUCCCCGCACUCGGCCAGCGGCCCCCCGGCCGGAGUCAUGGGGGGGCCUCUUGGGGCGCGCCGCACUGCCCGGGCUGCUGAGUGGCCCUCGGUCCCCGGGCCGAGCCUGCUCACGCCCCAACUCGGGAGGGUCCUCCUGGACUCGAGAGCGGACCCUGGUUGCAGUGGAGCCAGAUGGGGUGCAGCGGCGGCUUGUGGGGGGUGUGACCCAGCGCUUCGAGAGGAGGGGCUUCAAGCCAGUGGGGGUGAAGAUGCUGCAGACGCCGGACAGAGUCCUUGCUGAGCACUACCAUGACCUGCAGACGAAGCCCUUGUACCCAGCCCUCAUCAGCUACAGGACCUCUGGCCCCGUGGUGGCCAUGGUCUGGGAAGGCCCCAAUGUGGUCUGCUCCCUGAGGACAGUGAUAGGGCACACCGACUCGGCUGAGACCGCCCGCACCAUCGGGGGGCUCAGCGUCCACAUCAGCAGGAACAUCAUUCACGCCAGCGACUCCGUGGAGGGGGCCCCGAGGGACAGCCAGCUAUGGUUUCAGAGCAGCGAGCUGGUGCACGGGGCAGACGAAAACCACCAGAGCAGCAUCUAUGCGGCCUGA